AUGAGCAAAGCAUCCACGUCCAGAUCUCCACGCGGACUUGAUUGGAUCGGCACAGGGCCCGCCCCUCUGGCGGGCUUCCUGCUCCGGGGAGAGGGGGUUCCAGCGCCGAUCCCGGGAACUCCGCGCGGAGCUCCGAGCGUUGUCUGCCUGCGCGGCUCCGUGCCUCCCCUGCACGUCGGGUCGCUGAAGAAGGAGCCCUUUUCGUUGGGGAGGGGCUCCGUGUUCCUGCAGUGCUUCACAGCUCGCCUCGGGUGUUCCUGGUGUUGUCGACGGGGAAGUCGAAGCUUGGCCCAGGGCAAACAAGGGGCCUCGUUCCUCAUUUAG